CAAUCCGCUCUCUCUCAUUUUUGGCUAGACUCUUGGCCAUGAAAAGCGUCUCUAUCUUUUACGUGAUCAUCGCCAUGCGGAAUUGAUCACUUAGUAUUUUAUUUUUCCGUUUUCCUGGUUAAAGGUUUGUGAUUGUGAAACUGAAACACAAUGAGGGAAAAAAUAGACAAUUAAGAUGCCAGAUAUCUUUCUCGUUUAAGUAAUCGUCGUUCAAUCUCGUUUACUUUGUGCAUCUUCUCUGAAACUUGUGUGGUUUUGGUGAAAGGGAAUAAAAUGAGGUCUAAGCCCUCAGCUCACGUAGUCUCAGCUUCGUGGGACAGUUUCCUGGAUAAGCAAUAUACGUCAUCCGGGUUCAAACCGAAACCAUUGUCCACGGGAUUUAAAGGAUUUUCUACUUUAUUCGGUCAUGAUUUAAGCGAGGAACAUUCAAUGACACCAAGGUAUUCUGAGGUCUCAAGCACACCAAGUACAUCACCUAAAGGUGAUAUGACAGCAGAGCCAUCGUCGACAUCUAAACUUGAUAAAAGAGAAUCUUAUAAGGCACAGCGCAAAAAUUACAGAAGGGAAAAGAAGCGGGUGGCUAAAGAGUUGUCAUGUACUCUUAAAGAUCCAACAAUAAUUGUAUUAGCUGAUUGGCUAAAAGUACGGGGAACUUUAAAAGGCUGGACCAAACUGUGGUGUGUUUUGAAGCCUGGAUUACUUCUGUUGUACAAAAGUCCAAAAACACAUAAAAGUAGUCAGUGGGUUGGAACAGUUCUACUCAAUGCCUGUGAAUUGAUUGAGAGACCUUCUAAAAAAGAUGGAUUUUGCUUCAAGCUUUAUCAUCCUAUGGAACAAUCUAUUUGGGCAUCCAAGGGGCCAAAAGGGGAAACAAUUGGUGCUCUUGUUCAACCACUUCCGGUAGCUCAUUUAAUUUUUAGAGCACCCUCUGAGCAGGCUGGAAAAUGCUGGAUGGAUGCCCUAGAACUUGCAUUACGAUGUUCAUCCUUACUAAUGCGAACUAUGAGUGGGCGAGAACCCCAGUCAUCCACCCCUCAUGGUACAAUUCCUACCACUUCAUCUUCUCAAGAACCACUACCUACUUGGAAAGAAAUCGAUCCUGAAAAACAUUUCCAGGAUCAUGAUUUGGAUGAUGAUGUUCAUACUGAUGAUAAUAAAGAAAUUGAUAUUGAUAUUGAUGGUAUUCAUAGCAUACAUUCUACUGACUCAGAAUCAGAAGCUCAUCCUGUAGAAGAUAUUGAAACACCUCCAGUAGAAACUCCUUACAUGGCCAAUGGAGUGGAAGAAUUUGGUUUAGCUGGAGAUGCUGGUCAAACUGAGGAAGUUGCUGAAGAAAAUAAAUCUUUGAUUUGGACUCUAGUCAAACAGGUUAGACCCGGUAUGGAUCUGUCAAAAGUUGUUCUUCCAACUUUCAUUUUAGAACCUCGUUCAUUUUUAGAUAAAUUGUCUGAUUACUACUAUCAUUCAGAUAUUAUAGCUAAAGCUGUACAUGAAGACGAUCCUUUUACUAGAAUGAAACUGAUUACAAAGUUUUACCUUUCGGGAUUUUACAAGAAACCUAAAGGUUUAAAAAAGCCAUACAAUCCAAUUCUAGGAGAAAUGUUUAGAUGCUUUUGGCAAAGUUCUGAAAUAGAUUCACGGACAUUUUAUAUCGCAGAACAGGUAUCUCAUCAUCCGCCUGUUUCAGCAUUUUACGUUAGCAAUCGCCAUGAUGGUUUCUGCAUACAUGGAAGUAUAUUAGCAAAAUCUAGGUUUUACGGAAAUUCUAUAUCUGCCAUAAUGGAUGGUACUGCUCAUUUAACACUUUUAACCAGAGGAGAAGAUUAUACUAUCACAAUGCCAUAUGCUCAUUGUAAAGGCAUUUUGAUGGGCACUCUUACAUUGGAACUUGGUGGAAAAGUAGAUAUAUGUUGUGAAAAAACAGGUUAUCAUACGGAACUGGAGUUCAAAUUAAAACCUUUCCUUGGAGGAUCUGAAUAUUCUAAUCUAGUCACAGGAAAAAUUAAACUUGGUAAAGAAACAUUAUCUAGUAUUGAAGGUCACUGGGAUGGUGAAAUUUUCAUCAAGGAUAAAAGAUCUGGGGAAGAACAUCUGUUUUGGAAUCCUGAUUCUGAUGUCAGAGCGAAUCGUUUAAAAAGAUUUACAGUUCCAGUGGAAUAUCAAGAUGAAUAUGAAUCUGAAAGGCUGUGGCAGCAUGUUUCUUAUGCUAUUUUAAAAGGGGAUCAGAUUGCGGCGACUGAGGAAAAGACUCUUCUUGAAGAGGCACAGCGAAAAUCUGCUAAAGAGAGACAAGUUAAAUUGGAGAAAUGGUCCCCUAAACAUUUUGUACAAGAUAUCGUUACUGGAGAAUGGGUAUAUAAAUAUGCUGACUCUAGGCCAUGGGAUCCUAGAACUGAUGUCCUUCAGUAUGAAUACGACUUUAAGAUACAAACUUUAACAAAGCAUAAGCCUCCCACUAUUCGUACUGGUAGUAUCAUCAGUGUAGAGGACACCCCUAAAGUAGAACUCAUCCGUCACUUGUCAGUCGAUCGUGUCCUUCCAAGGCCAGCCGUCUGCAUUAUUCCUAAGUCACGGCACAGAAAAAGCAUUACAACAUCUCAUGGUAGUGAAAGUUCCUCUAUGAAUGGUGAGGCUUUCCAUGGCAGUGACUCAACUGAAAGUGAUGGACCACGUAAAAAUUUCCAUUCUAAAAGCAAUUCAGCUCUAUCCACCCUUCAACAAUCUCUACAAACCCUGCAGCAGCUUCAACAAGAUAGUAAUCAAACUUUGCGUUCUGUGCAGCUUCACAUGGAAACAAUCAUGAACCAACAAAGAAAACUUCAAAUGCAAUUAUCUCAGCGAUGGGACUAUAGCCUUGUUGCAAUACUUGUACUGGUACAAAUUCUACUCCAUUGGUUUCUAUGACCAUAUCCCAUUCUGCCACUGGUUCAUACUAAUAGUUAAGAGUGCCUAUUCUUAUUCUUUAUUCUAAAUUUUAAAAUAAAAAUAGUUGCAGUCUUUUUGUGAAAUAUUUAGAUCAUUUCAUUGGUACUAAUUUAGCAAAUUCGCUUCAUAUGCAAGUAUUUCAUUUAGAUACUAUAUAUUUUAAAAACUUGAAAAUAUUUCUGCUUGCAUUUUUAAUGCUAUUUUAAAGAAUAACUUUUAUUCAUAGUUUUUAAUUAGAUUAUGAAAGGUCAGUCAAAUUCUAGUUAGAGAAGCAGUUAAAUACAUAAGUCAUUUUAGUAACAUUAAAUCUUAAUAAAGUAGAGUUAAUCAUUAUGAGUUACAGUAGAGUCUCAAUAAUCUGAGUUAAUUGGGAAUUUAUAAAAAUAUUUCAUUAAAAUAAAUUCUGUUCCUUAGUUCCUAAAUGGAGACAGUAAAAAAUUUCAAUAAAACGUAGUUUGGAAUAUUUGAUCACUUGUUUUUAAACAUAAUUUCUUCAUUAGUUUAAAUCAUUUUGGAUGUAAGUUAAAUCUAUAGGAAGGUAAGAAAUUUUCUGUUUCCUCGUCCAAAUUUUAUCUAUUUAAAAGAACUCGGAUUAUGAGAACUCUACUGUAUUGUCAAAUCCGCAUAUAUAUUUCUGUCAUGAUUAUUUAAAAACCUUAAAGAUUAAAACAAAAAUUAAAAUUUUACAUUAAAUCCAAAUGUUAUUUUCAGUGUAUAUAUUAUUUUAAUUUAACGACUUCAUUUCUUUUUAAUUAAAUUUUUGGAGACAGUGACUUACAAUUAAUAAUAAAACUUAUAUUCAUGUACAUGCAUCAUAAUAAAACAGGCAUAUGCAUAUAUACAUAUUUAAUACAAUAAAUGAAUGUAUGCUAUGCAUUAAAAUUGUGACAUGUUAUUUCUUAACUUCUAACACAUAUGUUAUUUAAAAAUGUUUUUCUUAACUUUGCUGUAUAUGAAUAGGAUUAAUGUAUAAGGGUUUUUUUCAACAUUGGAAAAUAAUUUGUUUCACAAAAAAAUUGAAUCAAUAUUGAUUUUUUUUGUCAUCUCAAUUAUUUAAAUUUACAUAUAUUUAUUCAUGCACAUCUUAAUUAAUUCUAAUGUAUUAUAAAAUAUUCAUCUAAAAAAAAGUCACCUUUUAAAAGUUAAUUUGAUCCUAUAGUUUUCCCUCAUCAAAAUGCUAGUUUUAAAAAUUCUUUGCAUUUAAAAUAUUUUGAAAUGAUUUGUCUCGUUUCUGCAAACUAAGAAGCCAUCUUACUGCACUGACAAAUCGAAUCAUAGGGCGAGGUCUGUGACACAGAGCAUGUGGAGCACACUCUGAAUUGCUUUGACUUUUAAAAUGUUAAAAACCAUUUGACUACCCACUUUUCAAACAAUCCAGUUUGUAGCUUCCAUUUCACAUCAUACUUCUUUAUUUAUAAAGAAUUAUUUUAUCAAUAUUUCAAGUAAUUCUGUGAAUUAUAACUGAACAAAUUAAAACUGUAAUCAACGAUAAUUGAUUUAUUAGUCAUUUUCAGAAAUUUAGGGUAUAUUCUUUUUCCAGUACAUAUAAAAAUUUGUUGAAACAUUUUAUUUGGAGACUAAAUCAUAUGUUUAAAUGAAUCAAGAGAAGGUAGAAACAUCUCCACUUUAAACUGAUUGAUCUUUUUUUAAAAUCUUGAGUGAGUGUAGCAAUAAUUUUAUUUGUUUUAAUGAUUCAGAUUGUGCUCUACUGGCUGGCCCAUUUAUGAAGUUUUAGUUUUUCACAGGUAGAUUGUAUACAACUAAGCAAGAAAUAUAUAUAUAUAUACAUGUAUAUGUGCAUAGAUUAUGCCUGGUGAUUUUUUCACCAUUAACAUUUGUGCUGUUGAAUAUUAAAUUUUAUGUUAUUUCCAGUUUAUGUACAGAUGUUUCCUACCUAGUGUUUUAUAUAAAUUUAUUAUAUAGCUUACAAAUUGUUAGUCAGCUUUUGCUGAAAAUGCCAAAGGAAGCUUUUUCCAUGGUAGUGUAAUGAGCUGUUGGAUCGUCGUAUACAUGUCUUGUAGAGUGGUGCAUAUUGUAAAUAGAAUGUGUCUGAACAAAACCUCUUAUGUUUAGUGUGAGUGGUUUUGAUCAAAGCUUAUCAGGUUGUUCAUUUCCAUGAUUUUUACCGAAUGUUUAUUGAAAUUUAUGAACAAAACUACACUUAUCAGGUAUAUAAAAUGCACUGCCCUGCUG